ACAAUGAGCAUCACAGACGUCCUCAGUGCGGAAGACAUUGCGGCCGCCCUGCAGGAGUGCCAAGACCCAGAUACUUUUGAGCCCCAAAAAUUCUUCCAGACAUCAGGCCUCUCCAAGAUGUCGGCCAGUCAGGUGAAGGAUGUUUUUCGGUUCAUAGACAACGACCAGAGUGGAUACCUGGAUGAAGAAGAGCUUAAGUUUUUCCUCCAGAAGUUUGAGAGUGGUGCUAGAGAACUGACCGAGACAGAAACCAAGUCCCUGAUGGCGGCUGCAGAUAAUGAUGGAGAUGGAAAAAUCGGGGCUGAUGAAUUCCAGGAAAUGGUACAUUCUUAA